AUGGUCCGUCGAGGACCGGCCUUCACCGCGAAAGACUUGCCCGCUUAUAUCGAUGCGGCCAAGAACCUGAAUGGUCCCGGCAUAGAUGAUCGCAAAUUUCUGUUGGAGAAAUUGGUCACCCUUAUGUCACGUUUGCCCGAUGAUUCUACUUUUGCCAACAGAUUGCAAUCCGUCUUUGUCGAUGUCUUAUAUAAGGAUCUCCCUCAUCCCCCAAGUGGUUAUCUGGCUUUACCUCGCGAUACUGUCAAGUCGGCGGCCAACGCAUCCUCCCAAGCGGUCAAGUACGCUUUCCGCAGUGCCGAUGGCUCAAACUACAAUCCGUUGUUACCAUCGCUGGGAAAGGCCGGCUCGCCGUACGCUCGCUCUGUUCCUUCAACCCACCCUUUGCCGCCGUCUUUCUUGCCAGACCCUGGACUCGUCUUCGACACCCUUCUCAAACGUGAUGAAUUCGUUCCGCAUCCCGGUGGUAUUUCUAGCCUGUUCUUCGCCUUUGCAGAUUUAGUUAUUCACAGCAUUUUCAACACGAAUGCCAUGGACUGGACUAUCAACGACGCAAGCAGCUAUCUCGACCUCAGCCCUCUGUAUGGAAGCUCCGAUCGCGAAGUAGAUAGCGUCAGAAGGAAGGAUGGCACUGGAAGACUCUGGAACGAUGUAUUUGCCGAUAACAGGUUGCUCUUUAUGCCACCGUCUGCAUGCGCUCUAUUAGUCCUGUUCUGUCGCAACCACAACUAUGUCGCCGACAUGAUUCUCAAGAUCAACGAGAACAGAACAUAUUCCAAUCCAGCAAAAUUGGACGAUGCUGCCAGACAUGUUCAAGAUGAAGAGAUCUUCCAACGUUCACGUUUGGUCAACACGUGUCUUUUCAUGCAAGUCAUCUUGGGCGACUACGUCGCCGCCAUCUUGGGUCUCGUCCGAGAUGGAUCGGCUUGGCGUCUCAAUCCGCUCGAGACCAUGCGUGAGCUUAGUCACGAGUUUGCCCCCCAAGGCGAAGGGAAUGCUGUAUCAGUUGAAUUUAAUCUGCUCUACCGGUGGCACGCCACUUCAUCGAUUCCAGACGAGCAAUUCAUCUCCAAUUUGUUCAAUAAGUUGUUUGAUGGUAAGGAUUUCAGCAAGAUCGGUAUCAAAGACUUCAAAGGAGCCGUUUACAAGUAUUUGAUCAAACCGUCUUCCGACAUAAAGUCAUGGACCUUCGGCGACUUGAAACGUGAUGAAGACGGGUCAUUCCGCGAUGAUGAUUUGGCAAAACUCCUGCAGGACGCGACCGAAUCCUCAGCCAGUGCGUUCAAAGCUCGCGGUAUUCCUGAGGCGCUGCGCGUCAUAGAAAUUCUGGGCAUCGAGCAAGCGAGAAGCUGGGGAACGUGCUCUUUGAACGAGUUCCGGAAGUUCAUAGGUUUGAGACCGUAUGCCGACUUUAAAGAGUGGAAUCCCGAUCCCAAAGUCUACAUCGCUGCUGAAGCACUAUAUCACGAUAUCGACAAUCUCGAGCUUCACGUUGGAUUGCAGGCCGAAGAGGCGAAGAUACCCAUGCCGGGCGCAGGGUUGUGUCCCGGAUACACCAUCUCCAGAGCGAUUCUGGCAGAUGCAGUGUGUCUAACGCGGGGUGACCGUUUUUUGACCGUCGACUUCACGCCGUUCAAUCUGACCUCGUGGGGCUAUCAAGACUGCUUGUUUGACAGGCAUGAUGGUUCAUAUGGCGGUAUGCUCACUAAGCUUCUAUUCCGUGCUUUGCCGCAACAUUAUCCUGCCGGUUGCGCUUAUGCCCACUUCCCCUUCAUGGUACCGGCGCGCAUGAAGGAGUAUAUGUCUCGCCUUCCUGACAGCCCCGUCGACAGCUAUGUUUGGAGUCGACCUGUGAAAUCUUCAGUCACUGUCGUUCGAGUGGAACCGACAGUUACGCAGGUCUUGAGCGAAACGGAGAAGUUCUCCCCUCUCAGUGAUGUCCGGUUGGCGGACUUGUUCCACUCGGUCAUCCCGGACCGUGCAUCAGUUCGACGAGUCAUGUUCAACGAGUCCGAAGUACUGAGAUGGAGUGACUCGUUCAAGCAGCUUACGCAGCAGCUAAUCCGUAGCAAGUCUAUUGAACUAGAUCAUGUGGGCACCUCAGACAAAUAUGUUGACAUCGUCAGGGAUGUCAUCAACCUGGUUCCUGUGUACUGGGUUGCUGAUCAGAUUGCCGGUCUACCAAUGAAGACUCUGGAGAAUCCAAGGGGAGAGUUCAGGGAACAAGCAUUAUUCGGAAUGUUUGCCGAUGCAGCGAAUUAUCUUUAUCUUGAUUUGUCACCGGUACACGACUUUUCACUGCGCGUUCGAGCCACGAACACUGCGAAUCAAGUCUGCCAGUAUAUUCGGGGUCAUCUCACGAAGCUCAGUGAGGGAACACUAUCGUCGGGCGGCAUCGCCGACACUGUCAAGCACUGGAUCGCUGGCGCAAACGACCACAGUAAUCAUUUUCUGGCAGGCGUUCUGGCUGCUGCCAAUGGCAGCUCUCCGGAAGAGAUAGCUGCCGGAAUAUUUGCUGAGGUUGUUGCGACCACCGCGCUCUACUCUAAUGCUCUGGCUCAUGUCGUCGACUACUACCUCGAUGACCAGAGGCGAGACAAGUUCGUGCAAGUGAUCUCCAGCAAUGACAAACAAUCUGAAGAUGAGACAGUGAAGGCUGUUCGAGAAGCACUCCGGUGUCAUCCAUCGUUAACUGGGGUGUAUCGAGUGGUCAGAGUGCCUGCCUCACUGAAAAAUAUCGGUGAAGUGCGGUCGGGUGAUAAUCUUUUUGUCGAAUCAUCGGAUGUUUCUCGAGCUCUGGAAAUGAAUGGCUUGUUCAGUUCUUGUUUCUUCGAAAAGACAGCAUACCAGAUUCUCAAGGUGAUAUUUCUACUGGCUGAUAUAAAGAGAGUGUCAGGCCAGUCAGGUCAAAUGAAUCAACUUGUUCUUGGAUCAAAGGAAAUUUCACAGUUUACAUAUAUCAAUGCAAAUGGGGAGGUGACACCAUGGCCUGUGUCUUUGGUAGUGCAGUACAAGGAGAAAGUGUAA